AAAGUGAGCUGUGUUGAGUCAUAAUAGAGUGAUAUACACACAUACUCCCUGGGACUUGAGAGUAUUGUGCUUCCUUAUGUGGAGGUGGGGACAUGGGGGGAGGGGAAAGGACACAUCUAAUUGAUUCAAGAAAACCAGAGGAGGAGACACAUACCCCUGAACUCCACAGGCAUUGAGUCUGUUCUCUUGGUUGCUGCCCAGCCUGCCCUGUGAGAACAUGAAGGCACAGCGUGUUUCCCUCUGGUUCCUGGGCACAAUGUUCUUCUUGUGCUCAGUGCACACCCGAGGUCUCAGGAGAUGUCUGAUUUCCAUGGACAUGCACCAUAUAGAAGAGAGUUUCCGAGAAAUCAAAGGAGCCAUCCAAGCUAAGGACAUCUUCCAAAAUGUUACCAUCCUGUCUACAUUGGAGAUCCUGCGCAGCGUUAAGCCCUUAGAUGUGUGCUGCAUGACCACGAACCUUCUGGCAUUUUACGUGGACAGGGUAUUCAAGGACCAUCAGGAGCUGAACCCCCAAAUCUUGAGAAAAAUCAGCAGCAUUGCCAACUCUUUCCUCUACAUGCAGAAGGCUCUGCAGCAAUGUCAGGAACAGAGACUGUGUCAUUGCGGGCAGGAAGCCACCAAUGCAACCAGAAUCAUCCACAACAACUAUAAUCAGCUGGAAGUCCAGUCUGCCGCCCUCAAGUCUCUGGGAGAGCUGGAUGUCUUUCUGGCCUGGGUUCACAAGAAUCAUCAAGGAGCUUCCACUGCCUGAUGACAACGAACCUGAUUACCCAGGGGCAAACAGCCCUGAGAUUUCCAGUAGGAGACAGCCCACUUUGAAGAGGAAAGAGAUGGAGAAGGCCCAUUUUUAUGCAAAU